GCGCCAAUAAGCAUGAGAAAAUAUACAGCAAUGUCCCACGUUUUAACCCACAUCUUCCACAAAUAGGUUCACACCAGGGUACAUAUUGAAACGUUUUAAGGAAACCCUCAAUACAUGUGUUUUCUAAACCUAAGAGGAGGAGGCCAGGAAUUACACAACAAGGGAGGGGUCACCGUAAAAAAGGUAAGCUUAUUAAUAGGGCAUAAAAAUAGGGAAAAAUUUUGGUGGGUAUAAAUAAGCUGUAAAUAGGAUAUAUAUAGGAAAAAAAAAAAAGCGUAGCGACAGAAGAACGCAUAUAAACAGAACAGCAGCAGUAACGAUAGCGGACCACCAUGGAGGAUUCAAACACGGGGGGCACUACCCCAAGGAAUAUCGCCGUUUUAAACUUCGGAACGAAUGACAAAAAGAACUGCGUAACGAUUUUAGAAACGGCGCUCUAUCUGACGGAGAAGUACCUUGGCAAAAUCAUCAACAGUUCGUACAUUUACGAAACCGUCCCGGAGUACAUCGUCCUGGAUGAAGAAAACAAAAUUGGAGAGGUGACGGAGGGGGAGCCCCCGAGGGACAUCUCUUGGAUAGGCGAUUUGAUCCCAACUGUGGAAAACUCCAGAUACGAAGAAAGUGAAGAUUUAAUUUAUGAGUGCAAAGAGUUGGAGGUGUUUUUAAAAAAUGAAAAGAUAAACGAAAGCAUUAUUAGGGAAGUCAGCGUAGAGGAUUACGAAAAUGAGGCAAGAAGGAUAAUCAAACGGAAUGACGAAAUAAUGAAGAAAAAUUUAGAACAGUCGAAAGAUAAAUACUACACCAGUUAUUUUUUUAACUUAACGGUUGUAGUUAGGACCUUUGUUGAAGACCCCCUCGCCAUGCUCGUAAUUUUAAAGUACAUUGAGCAAAUCAUGAAAAGAAGGGAAAGCAAAAAGGGUCAGGGAGAAAUAUUUCAAAAUCGCAUGAUAGACAUUGACAUUUUAUUUUUUAACAACUACACAAUUUUUGAAAAGAGCAUAUCUUUAAAAGGGGAAGAUAUUUAUAAAAUCAUCACAAAGUAUAUUCACAUAAACCACACAAGUGAUCAGAACCGUCUAGAUAUUAUCCAAAAUUUGGGAGACAAAAUAGAAUUCUUAUGUAUCCCUCAUGUGUACACGAAAUACAGGUAUAGUAUCCUCCUCUGCUUAAAUGAUAUCAUUCCAGAGUAUAAGCACAGCACAUUUGAGGAAGCCAUUCGCUCAACUUAUAACAGUUAUGUUGAAAGUUUUGAGGAGAAGUAUCACAUUAAUAUUAGGAAGAAUAAUAAGAGGCUAUACGUAUUGAAAGAUAAAGUGUCAUAUUUAAAAGAAAGAACUCAUAUUGUGGGCAUUUUGAAUGUUAACUAUGAUUCCUUUUCAGAUGGCGGUUUAUUUGUCGAUCCUGUGAAAGCUGUGGAGAGGAUGUUCGAAAUGGCAAGUGAUGGGGCGAGCGUGAUUGACAUCGGGGGGGAAUCGUCCGCCCCUUAUGUGGUCCCCAAUCCGAGCGUCACUGAACGGGAUUUGGUCAUGCCUGUUUUGAAGCUCUUUAAGGAGGAGUGGCAUAAGUUGGAGUGUGAGGUUGGCGGUGGUGCCGUGUGCUGCGCUGCAGCAAGUGAUGCCAGGAAAAACGCGCAGAGCUCCCUACAGGGGAAACUACAAAAAGUGAGGGACGCAAAACCGAUCAUAAGCAUCGACACGGUCAAUUAUGAUCUCUUCAAGGAGUGCGUGGAAGGCGAGUUGGUGGACAUCCUAAACGAUAUCAGCGCGUGCACGCACAACCCAGAGAUUAUAAAAUUGUUGAGGAGGAAAAACAAGUUCUAUAGCGUCGUUUUAAUGCACAAGAGGGGAAAUCCACACACCAUGGAUAAGUUAACAAAUUACGAUGACCUUAUAAGUGACAUUAAAAGGUAUUUAGAAGAUCGGCUACAUUUUCUCGUUCUAAAUGGGGUACCACGCUACCGAGUUCUCUUUGAUGUCGGCCUGGGGUUUGCCAAAAAGCACGACCAGUCUAUUAAGCUGUUGCAGCAUAUUCACGUUUACGAUGAGUACCCGCUGUUUCUUGGCUACUCGAGGAAGCGCUUUAUUGUCCACUGCAUGGGGAAGGGUGGCGCGGCCAUCGGGGAGUGCAGACUGAUGAGCGGGGAGGCCAAACUGACCAACGGGGAGGGUAAACUGACGAAUGGGGAGGCCAAACUGACCAACGGGGAGGGUAAACUGACGAAUGGUGACGCCAAACUGACUAACGGUGACUCCAAACUGACUAACGGGGAGGCCAAGCUGACCAACGGAGACCCAUCACAACUGUGGAGGUUCAAAAUGAGCCACAUGCGUCAAGACAAAGAUCAGCUUUUGUACCAGAAAAAUAUUUGCGGCGGGCUAGCCAUUGCUUCCUACAGCUUUUACAAAAAGGUGGACCUUAUCAGAGUUCACGACGUGUUAGAAACGAAGGCCGUUCUGGAUGUGCUCACAAGGAUACAUCAACCUUAG